UAUCGGAAGUUAAAGCCGUCUCCAGGACGACCAUUGGGCGGAUCCUCACCCAAUUGGCCGCAUAUGAAUAUAUAGUAAUGGAGACGCUCUGGCCAAGGCAUCUUUGUGGUGAAAGCUCGUUUUUCUCGGGGAAAAGGGACCACGGAAUUCAGUUUAAAUCCCGGAAGUGCCUCUCUAGGAUCAAAUUGUCAGCAGGAAGCGGAAGCGGGGGAGGCGGAGUAAGCGCGUGGAGCUGAAGUCGCUCUUGUCGCGUAAGGGUGGCCUAAAACCAAUUUGAAGAUGGACAUACGGCCAAACCACACGCUUUACAUCAACAACGUUAAUGACAAAAUUAAGAAGGAAGAACUGAAAAGGUCUUUAUAUGCGCUGUUUUCCCAGUUUGGCCACGUUGUGGACAUCGUGGCUAUGAAGACGAUGAAGAUGCGAGGACAGGCCUUUGUGAUAUUCAAGGAGCUUGGGUCAUCCACCAAUGCCCUGAGGCAGCUGCAGGGCUUUCCAUUUUAUGGCAAGCCAAUGCGCAUUCAAUAUGCAAAAACUGACUCCGAUCUCAUUUCGAAAAUGCGCGGGACGUUCGCCGACAAAGAGAAGAGGAAAGAGAAAAAGAAGACAAAGUUGCUGGAACAGUCCGCAAACGCAGCAAACAAGAAGCCCAAUCAGGGAGCAAACCAGAAUUCAGCGAACGCCCAAGCCAACUCUUCGCAGAACCAACAGGUGCCUGAUAAUCCACCCAACUACAUCCUUUUCCUGAACAAUUUGCCAGAGGAGACCAACGAGAUGAUGCUGUCCAUGCUGUUCAAUCAGUUCCCUGGUUUCAAAGAAGUCCGACUGGUUCCCGGCAGACACGACAUUGCAUUUGUGGAGUUUGAAAACGACGGCCAGGCGGGUGCGGCACGGGAUGCCCUCCAAGGCUUUAAAAUCACUCCCUCCCAUGCCAUGAAAAUCACUUACGCCAAGAAGUAAAUCGGAAGGAUUGGCUGGUGCCCUUUUUUUGAACACGGCAUCAGCAUUUUGGUAAAUGGAAGGCGUGGUUUCUCCAGUUUAAGGUGAAAUCGUUUGGAUCGUUCAGAGGGACGUCCGUGAAGAGUCUUGUACAUACUUUCACAGGAAGCCUAGCUACUUGUGCUGAAUUUGUUUUUUUUCUGGUUCAUAUUCAAGUUUAUAUUGUGACUUUCUUCAUAGCGCCGCAGGUUCCCUACCCCUGCUUUAGGCAGUGUUGUCUGUCGAAGAAUAAAGCUGUGUUAAUUUCUUUUUAAAAAAUGA